GAAACAGGGUGUUUACUGUCCACUGCUGUAGUAUCAAGACUUUUGUUCUCUGGCUAAGCUUCCUGACUAUGCAAUAGCAGCUGGGAGGGCCCAAUAGCAGCCACGCCCACUGGUAAAGAUAUAAAGGGUGAUGCUUGGCACUGGUCAUUGGAGCCACUCUGCCUUCACCAUGAAGUUCAGCAGGUUCUUCCCUUUCGCGGUGCUUCUUGCUCUGGCGAUCCUGGCAUCCUGGACUGUGGAAGGAGGCAAAAAUGAUGCUAUCAAAACUGGAGCCUGCCCUUCUAAGAAGCCCGCCAAGUGCCUUAGGAGAGAGAAACCAGAGUGUGAUUCUGACUGGCAAUGCCCUGGGGAGAAGAGGUGCUGCCAAUUUCGUUGUGGUUUCAAAUGCCUCAAUCCUCUUCCCAUCCGCAGACCAGUGAGGACAAAGCCUGGGAGGUGCCCAAAGAUUCAAGGACGAUGUCUGAUGCUGAAUCCUCCCAAUAAGUGUGAGAGGGAUGGCCAGUGCGAUGGCAACUUUAAGUGCUGCCAGGGCAUGUGUGGGAAAAUCUGCCUUCCCCCACAGUAAGGUACAGAGUGGGCUUGGGUGGAUAGGUCUUGUCUCUCUUCAGCCCUUUUCAGCUUUAGGCUCUGGAG